AUGGCCGAGGAGAAGGCAAAGAAAGUCGACGAGUCCGUCAGCAACAAUGAGGCUCCCGCCGAUUGCACCGAUUGGGAUGACGAGCGGGAUGACCUCACAACAAAGCCCGAAGCAUCUGGAACCGUCAUAGAUGAAAUAAAAGCCUUGAAGGAGAGGCUGCUAUUCCUCGAGAAGCAAUGCUCAGGCGGCUUGAUCUUGGACGAAGAAGAGUUGCCUCCUGAGCGGAUGCAACAAGCUCGGCGUGCCCGGAAAUGGGUACAGAAGGCAGAGACAGAAGCUGAGAGAACGGCAGAAGAGCGCGCCGAUUUCGGGAAAGGAAAAAGUGAUAUACAGGACGACCACGGCAUGUUUAAGAUACAAAAGGGUCUGUAUCAUAUUUCCAAACCGAGGGCGGGAAAACGGUACUUCCUUACAGCUCGGGCGGCUUCCAUGUUCGAAAAGGAGAUGGACAAGCUGCCCAUCGAGGGACUUCGAAUUCCCACGUCGCUGCGACCGCCGGAUCUGAGCAAACUCGGUGCCCGCAGUCAAUGGGAUGAGUCUGACAGCGACGCAUGGGACAGCGACGAGUCGACGAGGACGCGCGACUUUGACUACUUUCAGGCCCGCCUGCGAGGCGACUUUGAGUGGGAGGUCGACCGUCUUAACAUGCAGCGAAAGCGGUACGCCGAGUUCAAAAAGAAGAAGCAACUCAAGGAUGAUCUUAAACUCUGGAACGCCCGUGCUGGUCAGGUUCAAAUCAAAGACGGCGAUGGCAACGUUGUUGGCAGCAGCAAGAACAACGUGUCUCCGUCGAUUGAAUCGCUUACGCAAGGAGACCUACCCGGACUGCUCAUCAUGGACUGGAACGGGUUCAGCGCCGUCCUGCUAAGUUCCAGUCGUCCAUUCUCCUCAGCCAUUAUCAUACUCGAGGGCGAGCCCAAGAUUUCAACCAGUGUAUCCUUCCUCAGACACAUGUUUAGGCCACCCGUCGCCAAGAAUACGUCUGAGAAAGCGGAGCCAGAGUAUGACGGCCACACAGUGCUCCCCGAACGCAUAUGUAUAUUCUCCGAGCCAUUAAUCAGAUUGCUAUCUGAGCUCACAGAAUCGGAAAUCUCCCCCGGAAAUGACAUCCAGAACCCCAGCGUCGUUCUCUUGCGCCCCUACCGCCUUCUCACUCACUACGACAUCGCCAUCCGCAAGAUGCACGAAACACUCACAGGCCGUGUUGCUGAACUCAACACUGCCUUGCCUGAGGACGGGAAACUUGAUCCUAGUCCAGUUCCUGCCACGCCUGCCCCUACUCUUGCUGAUCUCGACGAUGCUGGUGGCAACCAACCUGAUGUUCCAGCCGGGACCAACAGCCUCAACACAAGUGAAGAAAAGACUUACAGCAAAGCCAAAGAGGAUCUACAGCACCUGUCCUGCUUGAUAAGCUUCAUGGACAAUUAUCUAUCCAAGCGUAUAACCUGGCUGAAGUCGGUUCACUGUGAGAAAAUCCAUUUCUCUGAUAUCUGGCACAUCUACAAGCCGGGCGAUUUUGUGAUCUCGGCCAACGGCAAGCAGGUGUACCAGGUAGCGGCCGUCGAUAGUGGUCAGCACAGGGGCAAAGACCCUUACAGUAUCUUCGGAAACCGCAAUGUCGAUGAGGAUGACAGAAUGGAGGCUGCACAGAAUGCCGUCAUCUCAUGUGUGUACAUCAGCUACGACGGCACUCUGCUCGGCCCCGUCGUGGAACCUUUCCUAGUCAAAAGGUUCGACGGAGAGCGGAGUAUUACUACGCUGGAGGUUCUACCGCUCCGUUACCACGUGAUGAAGAUGCCUGAGGUGGCACGGCGGCUCGCCAAGUUCGAGGGCGACGCCCAGAUCCGCGCGCUCGAGACAGAGAUAGAGAUUUUCCGGGAGGAACUAGCUUGCCGUGGCCGUAAAUUCGUCUCCGUCGCGGCGGUCAAGCAUAUGGAUUAUGCCGGACUCACGGCGGACAAGCGCGACGACGUUGAAAGCCAGGUAAUGAUCGACGUGCAAGAAGCUUUUGCAGUCGAGGAGAACGCCGAUCAACGCCCGAAGUUUAGCCGUGUGCAUGGCACCUAUACGGACAAGAGCAGUAGUAUAACACUCUGCAAUUCCGAAUGCUGCUUCCGCCAAAACAUCCAUCUCGACACAGUUGUCCAGGCCAAGGCACAUGAAGAUUUUGUUGCCGCGAAGCUCGAGAAGCUUGACUCCUCGGAAACCGUCCAGCCUCCUGUCUCUCUGGUUGCGCGUAACGUCGCAGAGGUCAAGGCCGAUGGAUCUCUCUUGACUACCGCCGACUUCAUGAUAAUGUCCUAUUCCGUCUUUGGCUUUGUCCUGCGCAAUCGAUCUUGGUCAAAAUUGGACUUGGAUUUUCUCAGCGACAUAGAUAAGGCAGAAGAGUCUGCAGAGGCCCAGUUCGAGGGUACUCAUACAAAGGACAGUGAUGACAACGAAGGCGGAGACACGAGUGACGAUAGCGACAACGAUGAUGGUUCCAACAACGCCAGCAAGACGACUUUUUCUCAGCUGGUCCUCCCUCCUGGACACAAGAAAAUGGUGUUGUCUCUUGUGUCGCAGCAUUUCAGGAACAAGGAGUCGUUCAAGAGGCGAAACGAAAAGGUGGAUAUCGUCAAAGGCAAAGGUAAGGGCCUGAUCAUUCUCCUUCAUGGCGCUCCUGGGGUUGGAAAGACAACGACUGCUGAGGGUGUGGCCGAAACAUUUGGCAAGCCGCUAUUUCAAAUCACAUGUGGUGACUUAGGAACCAACGCUGAAGAAGUGGAGGAAUCGCUGCAGAAGACCUUUGCUCUUGCCAGCCGGUGGGACUGCAUUCUACUCCUGGACGAGGCCGAUGUGUUCCUCGCGGCCCGUCGACGCGACGACUUCACUAGGAAUGGCUUAGUAGCGGUCUUUCUACGAGUCCUUGAGUACUACGCCGGCAUUCUUUUCCUUACCACUAAUCGCGUGGGUGAUCUUGACGAAGCCUUCACCUCCCGCAUCCAUAUGAUCCUGCACUACCCGCAGCUUGACAGGGUCUCGACUGGCAGAAUCUGCCGACUGAACCUCAACAUGAUUCGCGACCGCUACAAGGCUGCUGGCCGCCAUAUCAAGAUCGACCAGGACGAGAUCGAGGAUCACGUCCGUGAGUACUGGGAUCACCACAAAGAUGCCCGCUGGAACGGUCGCCAGAUUCGCAAUGCUUGCCAAACUGCCCUCGCCCUGGCUGAGUACGACACCCAGCCCAAGAACAAGAAGCACGACCUGGCAGAGCAGACCCACGCCAGAGUCCACCUCAAAGUCCGCCACGUCAAGCGCGUAUCCAAGGCCUAUCUGGCGUUCCUUGAAUACCUGCGGAGCAUACACGGCACCGACUCCGAGACUCGAGCUAGGGAGCUGGGCCUUCGCGCCCUCGAGAGAGUCAUCGGAGAAGCUACCAUGGCCGCCGCCGACUCCUUCGGCGAACGUCUUAGACGGCGUGAUGGCACCUAUAGAGGAAGGGAGGCAGCAGCCCAGCACAGGUACUCAUUCCGUGACAAGUUUCGGCCUGACCUGUCGCCCAGACCUCAGCAACCGCCGCAGCAGCAGCCUUAUCCGCCUGCGCCGCAUGAUCCAUACAUGACGCAGGACUUGCCACAACGGCAGACAAAUUUUGCGCCCCAGCGACAGUUUCCAAGUCACGACCCAUAUACUCGUCCGCCUGCCCUAGACCCGCAGUCCAUGGCGUCUAUUGCCGGUGCCUCCGGGUAUGGCCCGGAACAAGAUUACGCCACAGCUUCGAGAAGCCCGCGGAUGGCGCCGGCUCAGACGUAUGGCCCGCCCCGGGAACAGCCACAGGCACACGAUGUCCCUCGAUAUGGUGCCUAUCCGCGCCAGGGGAAUGUGCCCGAUUAUGAAGCGGCACCGGGCCCUAGUUCUUACCAGACAUCCCGUCCCUACCAGCAAGAACCGUAG